AAGCAUAAAGCAGCUUUUGGUAACGCUCAUCGCUGUGAGUGACGACGAUCACCAAACCCUUCCGUACUACACUCUCAAUACAAUCUAUAUAUCCCAACGCACACUUCACUCCUUCCUUCAAGUACACUCAUUUUUCUUUUCUUUUCUCUCCAUAUUCUUGUAAAUUUUGGCUCCUUCCUCAAUGAUACCAGGGCCACUCGGAAACAAGUGUGCAUAAUGGAGGGCCAAGAUCUCUCUCCACCCCGCAUGGACACAUCUCGACCGUCCCUCGGCUUCCCCUUGGGCACUGCCCUCCUCUUGAUCAUCAUCUUCAGCCUCAGCGGCAUCUUCUCCUGUUGCUACCACUGGGACAAGUUACGCUCCUUCCGUCAAUCCCACCCUGCUCCCUCCCACGCCCAAUCCCAACCCUCCACGGAGCUGAAGCAAAGCAAGGGUGAGAGCUUACCGGUGCUGAUGCCUGGGGAUGAAGUGCCUAAGUUCAUAGCCAUGCCUUGCCCGUGUCAACCUUCACGGCCGGAGACUAUCGUUGUCACCGUCGAGAAACCGCCGCAUAAACCGCCGCUCGUGGUGCUACCUUUGUGUUAAUUAAUUAGCACCAGAAGUAUGUUAAUUAAUCGUGGGUGCUGUGUUACAGUGUAUAUAUGUGCAUGUUAUUGCCACGGCCAUUUGUUCUAUGACCCACUGAAGACGGUAAGGUUUAAGAGAGCAAAAAAAAAAAUAGAUUAAGGAUUAAAGGAUGUAUACGUAGGUACCAGGUCAAUUCCCAGAUCGUGACCACUUCAUUUGUGUUGUUCUUCUAUGUAAUUAUUAAUUUAAAAAAACCAGCUUUACUUUUAUCAACUUUCA